AUGCCAGCUCUAGAAGUUGAUAUUGAUGAACCCAUUGCUACUUUUUCCUACGACAAGUCACAAUACUCCAAGUAUGUAGUAGCUACAGUACCCGUUCAUAGCAGUAGUCAUAGCUACAGUAACAACAGUGAGACCAGCUUUAAAGCCUAUUCCGUAGGAGACGAAGAAGACGUGGAAUUUCUACCUUCGUUUGCCAGUCAACACGUCCAACCAACUAGCAGCUUUGAUCUCACCAAUAUGCGUGCAAGCAACAGUUUCCGAGACAGUUUGAUGCCUCCAAAUGGCUACGGAGAGCACAAUCUUGCAGGUCGUGCAACAGAAAUGGGUAAUGCACUCAUGCGUAUGGACGAGAGUUAUGGGCACGCUUACAAAGACAACGUACGACCGACAUCAGCAGGUCUUAUAUCGGACGGUCUUCCGCCAUUGCUACAAGCAGCAAGAGCAGGAAAUAUCGUCCUAGUGAAUGCUCUCGUCAUUCAACCCGGUACCGAUGUCCUCCGACGUGAUCCCGUAUACGGCCAGACGGCACUGCACUUUGCUAUUAGAGGUGGCCAUUUGAAUGUCGUACAAGCGUUGCUGAUGCCACAUUUACGAGGAUCAAUCGUUAAUGUGGCAGACAAUCGACGGAACACGGCAUUGCACUUGGCUGCAGCAAAAUCUCGUCAGAUGACCAAGUUGCUGCUGGAAUGUGGUGCUGAUGUGAAUUUUCCCAACAUGCGCAAUCAGACGCCACUGGGGGUUCACAUCUUGACAGCCACGAGAGACGACCCGACAAUGACGGAGAUUUUGCUGCAAUAUCGCACCAAUGUCAAUGCACCAGUGGACAAGUCGACGAUCUUGCAUGUCGCAUUGGACAAAGGCUUGAUCGAGAUUGCGACAAGACUCGUACGUCAUGGAGCAAGACUUGACUUGAAAGACGAGUCGGGAAAGACGGUCUUUGACAAAGUGGACAAGCAACAACUUACAAAGCUCAUGGUCAAGGUGAUGCACUCACCGGUGUGGGUCCCUGACAGCGAACGGUCCAAGUGCAUGGAAUGCAACAAGAAGUUUGGCUGCUUGGGAUCGCGCAGACACCAUUGCCGCAUGUGCGGUCGCGUGCUAUGCUCAGCUUGCUCAUCGAGUCACGUGCGAGCCAAGAUACUGCCGUUCCCGGCACGUCGCCGUGGCGAGAAGAACAAGACCGAGAAGGGGUCGGCCAACACUCGAGUUUGUAAAAUGUGCUACGAGAUCUGCAAGGAGGGAGAAUUGAAGCCCUCAAGUGAUGUGCUGUACGGGUAUCGAGCACAGAGUACGACGACAUAA